AUGGCUUCCUUGAAAGAGUCCUUGGCCGGCCCAGGGUUUGUGAUUCUUAAUGCGAUUCGGGUCUUGAACAUAAUCGCCCUGUUAGACAUUAUUGCUGCCUGCGCGGUGAUGCUGGUGAAGAUCUCGCUGCUGAGCAGCUUCUUUUUCUUCGAGGCGGCAUCUCAUGUCAUAAUCGCUGGAGUUAGCAUCAUUCUUAUCAUCUCAGAACUCCCUUUUUUCCGCGGUUAUUUUGAUCACAACUGGCCCCUCUUGGGUCAGGAUUCUGGGUUUAUCACCCUGGCCCUGGCAAUGCUGAUACUUGGAGUCAGUAUUUUGGGCGACUUGAAUACGGAGGCCACAAGCCAGGAGUCCCUUGGAAAUUCAUUCUGGCAAAUUGUUCUCUCUGCCGGGAUAUUGGCUAUGAUCAUGAGCGCUAUUAACCUGGUCGCGCGAAUGGAAUCGCAGAGCCUUGUUUUCGCUGAUCGCAAGAGCGGUGUCACUGCACGCCAUGUUCGGGUAUAUGGAGCAGUUGCACCACAGAAAGUAGUCAAGCGAACGGACAGCCAGCGGUCGUUUCAGCUCUGCAUGAAGCGAGAAGAUACGCUGCCAAAAUACAGUACAGAGUCAACCCCAAGGAGACAGUCGGCCAUGCCUCGAUUCCCGCUGAAGAUAAAGGGACCAGUGAACCCGGACGACGCAGCGUCGUCAAAAUAUUCAAGAGAUUCAUCAGGAGUUGCUAUGCCCAGCUUAGCCCAUCAUCCGGCGAUGCAGUCUGGACAUGUUUAA